GUGCCCCCCUCUGAAGCAGGAAACCUUGUUUUUUGCAAAAUAAAUUGAUGCAAUUUGUAUAGGCCUAAUCAAUAAAUUCCUCAUCAACCAAUAUAACCUUAAACGUUCUUGGAAUUGACAUAACAUUUGUAACGGCAACCGCGUUACCUUAAGAUUGGGAUACAUUUUGACAUUUCCUGGCAAUGUCACGAACGCAGAAAUUGCCGUGGAGCAUGGAUGUUUCGUCAGUUUUUCUCCUCUUUAAUCUCAGACUCCAAGAUAAUUCGAUAAGUUUAUGUUUCAAAUUUAAACGGAGUCGCCGUUUUAGAAACCAAUGAGACUCUGGUAACAGAAAAGAUUUUAAGCAGCCUUGGCCCACGGACAUGUCGAUCUGUACUUGAUCCUGCUUCAGUAGUCAAUGUAACGGUAACUUUCAUGUUAACUCAAAUUAUUGAGCUGAAUGAUGUACUUCAACAACUGAAAGUUUCUGGCUGGUUUCUAAUGAGAUGGCAGGACGAACGUAUUAGCUGGGAUCAAUUUGAAUAUGAUGUUGACUGUGUGUUUAUUCCUGUAAACAAUAUUUGGAAACCUGAUAUAACUCUGUACAACAACCUCGACGAGAACUAUAAUCAUUUCCUACCGGACGCACCAGUACAGGUAUGUUUCGACGGUAGCGCGAUGUACUCAACGUAUUCUGUAUUUCAAAGUUCCUGUCAUGUUAACAUCAAAUUGUAUCCGUACGAUAAUCAAACAUGCAUGCUACGAUUUGGUUCUUGGAAUUACGAUGUGUAUGAGUUAGACGUUUAUCCACAGCUUCGUGAACUGGACCAAAAAGAUCACUUCUAUGACAACGGAGUGUGGACACUUCAGGGUGUUGAUGCAUGGCGCGAAGUUGAGGAAUACAAAACAGACUCUAACCCGUUUGCGUAUGCAGUCUUCUCUAUUCAACUCAAGCGACGUCACGAGUUUUAUUAUACAUUUAUUUUAGUUCCGUACCAUUUUUGCGCCUUCCUCAUCACCUUGAUGUUCUUUAUUCCUUUUGAAAAUGGUGAGAAACUAUCAUACGGAGUCACAGUACUGCUAGGAAGUAUUGUCUUUCAGCAAAUAAUUGCACUUUCCCUGCCGCCCGUUGGAAAGGAAUCGUCGGUUAUUGGAAUGUACUGUAAUGCUGUAAUCGGGAUUGGGGUGAUAUCAGUGGCUUUUGAAAUUUUGCUUCGUCUACCAACGCACAAAGGCUUUACAACAGUUGCAUGUAAAAUCUGUUCAGCUGUAUGUAAAAUCCGUUCAAAAUCUGACAAGCAAUCAUCUGUGGAGAACGGGGAAACAGAUCAAAGAAAAACACAUACUGAUGCGGUACCAUGCCGGAAAGAUAAACAAGAUAAAGGACAAACCGGGCAGAAUGAUGGUGCAACACAUUCACAGGGGAAAGAGAAAGAAGGUAAAGUAAAAACACCGCAAUUACCACAGGACAAAGAGGAAGAAAAUCUGGGGGAUGUAACAUGCUGGAAAGAGAAUAAAGGUCAAACAGGAAUACCACUAACGGUGAAAGGGGAAGAAGAUCAUCAAGGACAAACCGGGCAGAAUAAUGGUGCAACACAUUCACAGGGGAAAGAGAAAGAAGGUAAAGUAAAAACACCGCAAUUACCACAGGACAAAGGGGAAGAAAAUCUGGGGGAAGAACAGAAUGAUGCUCAAAAACUACAAGAGAAAGAUUAUCAAGAACAAAGAAAGAAACUUGAAUUAAGAAUGUCCGUCAUUGAGUUCGUUGUAGGAUGUGUUGCUUUUGUGGCGUUAGCUUUUUGCAUGAUAGGUUUUCUUGCUAUUAAGUUGUAAAAAAGAAUAUUUUCCUCAUCUAAAAAAGUAUCGUUUAUUUUGUAUUCGUACAGGUAAACAAAAUAUCAUGAAACCUCAGUAUUUAUAUGGAACAAUAUGUAUUAUUAUGAAGAUUAUCAUCGAGAGUGUUGUAAUAUUAUGCAUGUUGAGCUGUAAUGGUUAUUAUAUUUUAUUUGAAAACAGCACUUUAUUCAUAACUAUGUCACCUACUAGGGGUAAUGUUUAUAUUGGUCAUACACUUUUGGUACUUGUGCAUAUAAGCUUGCAAAUAUGGAUAAUUUUUCAUAUUAUGACAUAAUUAAUGUCGAAAUAUUGAAUCCCGACACGAUGGCGUGCAUUUCGAUACUUUGAGUAUGUAUUAUGCUAUCUUAUCUGAGAUUAAUCAGUGUACCUUUCGGUUCGCUGUUAGAACAACUUUUGAUUUCCGGGAAUCCAAUAGGGUAUCUUGGUUUCCAUGGGAGUCUAGUUUCCAAUCUUUAAAAAAAAAAAAAAAAAGGAAAAAAAAAUUCCUAAUUUACUUUGUUUUGUUUUUGUAAUAAUAGAAUAAAAUAUCUUUUGUCAGCUUACGCAAUGUUUUAGAUCAACAGUUUAUGCAGCGUUUUUAAGGUUAAUAAAUAGGAUAAUAAUAGGUUAGUAUGCACUACUAGACUUCAAAAAAAUUAAGAACAAGGUUUCACUGGUACUCUUUGGUCUUUAAUGUCUUUCCAAAGAUCCUUACCGUGAACUAUAACAGUAAAAUAUAAAACAAGUUAAUUACACAACUGCAACUAUAACUGAUUUUCUCUAAAAACAUUAUCAUGGUUUUCCCCAUGAACUCAAAAUUAAUUAACCGUAACAGAGUUUUCAUUAUCAUAGCAAUUAUAGCAUAGUCACUAUAUCUUUUAUAUCGUAUUAUUAAUACAACAGCAUAUAUUCCUAUUAUUAAGAACACAAUUAUUGUAUAGUACCUCAAUUGCUCUCCACAAAUAAUCAGCAGUGCAAUGUCUUCAAGAUUUAUAAUCAUCUGAUAU